AGGUACUAUAACCACUUCAAUGGGAUAAAAAUGCCUGCAGUGUUCCUUUAAGACCUAUUUUGGCAGAGCAUGCUGAUGUUUGUUCUCCUAUGUCCCCAGGAGGAACGUUCAAGGAGUGAACACAACCUUGUGAAUAUACAGAAGACACAUGAGAGGAUGCAAACUGAGAACAAGAUCUCUCCAUAUUAUCGCACCAAGCUCCGAGGCCUGUAUACCACUGCAAAGGCUGACGCUGAGGCAGAGUGCAACAUCCUGCGUCGUUCGCUUGAUAAAAUAGCUGAAAUAAAGUCCCUUCUGGAGGAGCGACGUAUUGCUGCAAAGAUUGCUGGAUUGUACCAUGAUUCAGAGCCUCCUCGGAAGACGAUGAGACGAGGGGUGUUGAUGACGCUGUUACAGCAGUCUGCUAUGACCCUGCCCCUGUGGAUUGGGAAACCCGGAGAGAAGCCACCUCCACUAUGUGGAGCAAUCCCAGCAUCCAGUGACUACGUGGCCAAGCCAGGAGACAAGGUGGCGGCUCGCGUUAAAGCAGUGGAUGGCGACGAGCAGUGGAUACUAGCAGAGGUGGUUAGUUACAGCCAUGCUGCUAACAAGUAUGAAGUGGAUGACAUCGAUGAGGAGGGAAAAGAACGUCACACACUGAGUCGACGCAGGAUCAUCCCGCUGCCGCAGUGGAAAGCCAAUCCAGAGACGGACCCUGAGGCACUCUUCCAGAAAGAUCAGUUGGUGUUGGCACUUUAUCCCCAAACCACUUGUUUCUACCGGGCUCUGAUCCAUACCCCUCCACAGCGGCCCCAAGAUGACUAUUCCGUACUGUUUGAGGACACCUCGUAUGCAGAUGGUUACUCGCCCCCUCUGAAUGUGGCCCAGCGCUAUGUGGUUGCAUGCAAGGAGCCAAAGAAAAAGUGAAAUGUAGCAUUUAAUGCACUGGAAAGACUGUACAGCGUAGAAAAACUCUUGACUACAAGAUGAGCCAACUGAAUUUUUAUCUUUUUUUUUUUUUUAAACUGGCUAGCCCCUCUGACUUCUCAUUACUGUUAAAGUGAUUCCUCCUGUUUUUAGAAGGGAUCGCCUGGAAAUGGCCAUGGACUGUAGACUGCCUAACUUCACGUAAUCAAGGCUGUUUCUACAGCUAGUAUGUCCUAUGGUGAGAAUGGACUGGGUGCCCCAACUACCAGCUCUUCCCAUAAAACUAUGGGAGUUCUUGGAUCCCACAGAAUUUUGGGAAACUGGUUAAAAACUAGAUCGAGCCAGUCUAUCAUUCUUGCAGCUAUAACAGUGGAUCAUUCCAAAGAGCUGACACAUCAGACCUGGACAGUGAGUG